GGGUGGCACUUCCACCCAGCCUUACACGAAGGAGGAGGAGGAGAAGAUGGCCGCCAUCCUGCAGGAGAGAAAGGAGAAGGAGGAGGCCAAGAAGAAGGCCCUGCAGGAGGAGCAGGCAGCGAAAUUGAAGAAGAUAGAGGAGGAGAUGGCUAGAGAAAAAGAGAGGUUGAAGAAGGAAGAAGAGGAGAAGUUGAAGGAGGUGGAAGAGGAAGAAGAAGAUGAACCGCCACUGCAAAGGAGGAGAGGGCAGCACAGUGGCAACAAGGAUGAAGAGAUGGAGAAAUGGAUUUCGGAGUGGGUCGCCAACUUAUCCCUGGGCGAAGAAGAAGCGGUAACUAUGUACAUCCCCAAGGAUGAGCAAGAAGCCGCUAUGAAGAAAUGGGAAGCAGAAGAAGAUGUUCUGAAGCGGCAGGCGAUGAAAGAUGAAACGAGGAUGGUGUGGAAACUCGCAAUGAUGAGGGAGAAGAAAAGAAGAGUGGAGGCGGCGAGUGCAACAAUGCAGGAAUUGGCGGAGGUACGGACUUUAACUACUCAGUUGACCACCCAGGUAGACCUCCAACAAAAGGUACAGAUCAUCGCCCAAAGCGUCGAGCGUUUGGACAGAGUGCAAGAACAGCAAUAUGAGUUUAGCCGAAGCCAGGAUAUAGUUGUGCGUUCGAUGCGGAUGGGAUUCCGGGACUUUGCCCGCGAAUUGGUAGGCGCUGUGGGAGCCGAGGUGAAUCAUCCCCUCGAGAAGAAUGAGCGUUUUUGUGUUGGCGCCAUUGAAGGCGUCAAGGUGGCAGCUCCCAAGGAGGAAGAGCCGCGUCCUCGUAGGGAGCCGGUCAAAGUCAAAUUCCCUGAUUCCUACAGUGGGAAAAGGGAAGAAAACUUUGACAACUGGGAGGCCAACGUCAAGACCUAUGUGCAUCUGCAACAGGUCUCCCCCGAUCAGCACGUGUUAAUUGCCAUUCAUGCGCUUAGAGAUGAGGCCGCCAGUUUCGCAAGGUCCCUAGUCCGCGCUGCCAACUGCAACAAUGAUGYAGUGGCCUACUCAUCGUUCACCCCCCWCGUUGAUUUCAUGAAAUUGUUGCGCGAGCGUUUUGCUGAUGUCGCUCCMAUUGUCAAGGCCUCAGAUCAGCUCCAGACCAUCCACGCUCRUAAAUGGAAGAGKGUCAGGGCACUCAAGGGUACGAUGGAUGAAUUGGUGGCUGUCCCUGACCAUGGGGUCACGGAGGCCCAAUUGGUCGGCCUCUUCUAUCGGGCUAUGCCCGAAGCCUUUCGAGGGCAGUUCUUCGCGAAGAGCGAAGAUCCUGCCACCACUUAUGAUUCCCUUAGCCGUGAAGUGGUGGCUUUCGAGGCGAAGUCGGUGUCACUUUCUACCUUCUGGCACAAAGACCUCGACAAAGGAAAGCAAUGGAAAGGCCGCACUAUCUCAGGGCAAGUAAAGACCAAGGAUAGCCUUGUCCUUACCUUAGAUGAAGGUAGUGUGGACGAGAUCCCCUACGCGCAGAUUGAGUGGGGGUUAGAGGAGGAGGACAACGGUGUGAGCCAGGGGAGGACUUAUGCUGCUGUCACGGCUGGAGGGAGGCCGCAAGGAGGAGGACGAGGCCAGGGCCAAGGGGGCCAGGCCUCAGGGAGCCGGUUUCAGGGCGAUCAGGGGGUUGGCGGCAGGGGAGGAAACCGCCAAGCGGGAGGAAGGGGUCAAGGUCCCCCACAAAACCGUCCUAGGAAUAGGUCUCCCUAUAGGGCCAGUGUCUAGAUCGCUGUCCAGAGACUGCUUGUGUUAGAGUCUCUCUAGACACCUCCCUCACAGGCGUGGCUGAUGAAUUGAAGGAGAGGAUGCCCGCCUGGGCCAAGAUGAAGAAGGAGAAUAAAGGGCAGCUUAUAUU